CGACGUUAACGACCCUUUUCGUCCACUCGGGUGGAUAAGGGAUUUUCAUCUCGCUUUCUCGACACCGACGUGACGAGCGAUUCCAGGCUUGUUUUAAACCUUGAACUUGCCAAUAAAUUAUCGGGCAACGAUGUCUAGAAUACCCUCUGAAUAUUCCACCUAACGCGGGCACAAGGCACGUGGUUUCGUAAUUUCGUUCAAAGCUUGUCACGUAUUUUAUGCCGAAGCAUUAAACGUCCGCAUGUGCCAUCGCUACGUCACAAACGUCUUUUUUACUCUUUACGUGCAAACCAUUGUAAUCGCCAUGUGUUUAUAUUGUAUUUAUGUAGAGGGUUUAAGCAUUCCAUCCAAGAGGCUACUGUCCCGUAGCGGACUGUUAAAUAAAUUACAGUCAAAUAUUAGAUGGAACUCUUCGUUGAAAAUCAGGGAUAAGGAAGCUCCUCAACCUGAACGUUCGUUCAAGUAUGCCGAUCUCGCGGUACGACUUGCCGGGCCCCAGCAGCUCCAACCAAAGCCAGAUGUGAGCGACCUUGCGUUUGGAAAAUAUUUCACGGACCAUAUGUUAAAGAUAUUUUACCACGAAGCACUGGGAGGAUGGCAAGUGCCGGAAAUCACUCCUUUAGAGAAUCUUGUAAUUCAUCCAGCGUCCAAGGUGUUGCAUUAUGCGAUCGAGCUAUUCGAAGGAUUGAAAGCUUACCGAGGUGUCGAUGGUAAAAUCAGAAUAUUUAGACCGGAAUUAAACAUGGAGAGGAUGAAUGCCUCGGCGUCAAGGUGUGGCCUACCCACUUUUAGCGGACAGGACUUGAUUAAAUGUAUUAAUCGGUUGAUCGGCAUAGAUCAAGAAUGGGUUCCGCAUUCCGAAGCCUCCAGUCUUUACAUCCGGCCUACGCUUAUAGGAAUCGACCCUACGUUGGGAGUCGCCACGUCGAGUUCGGCCCUGCUCUAUGUCAUUCUGUGUCCGGUGGGCAGCUACUUCAAGGACACCAACGAGUCCGGAGUAUCGCUUCUUGCCGAUCCACGCUACACGAGGGCCUGGCCAGGAGGUUGCGGAGAUCGUAAAAUGGGCAGCAACUAUGCCCCGACGAUUCAAAUACAAAGAGAAGCCGUCGAGAAGGGCUUGCAGCAAGUGUUGUGGCUUUACGGGGUGGAUCACGAGGUGACGGAAGUGGGUACCAUGAACGUCUUCAUGACUUACGUCAAUGAGAACGGAGAGAGGGAAUUGGUCACGCCUCCACUGAAUGGAUUGAUUUUACCAGGAGUCACGAGGAACUCCAUUCUAGCAUUUUGCAGGGAAUGGAACCGGUUCAAAGUUACGGAGAGGAUCAUUACCAUGAGAGAAGUUUGCCAGUUGCUCAACGAGAACAGACUGUUGGAAAUAUUCGGAGCCGGCACCGCCUGCGUGGUCAGUCCGGUGUCUUUCAUCGAUUUUGCAGGACAACCUCUCUCCAUUCCCACGCUUAAGCAGCCCGAUCCGAUUUAUAAAAUGUGCCAUAAAUAUCUUACCGAUAUACAGUAUGGCUACGUACCGGACCAUCCUUGGGCACUGUCCAUCGACUAGGACAUUUUGAUCGAAGAACCGCGGUGCUUCGAUUACCUUUUUGCUUCAUCGAGGGAAAAGAUCGAACGUCGGACUGUGCCAAGAUGACUGCAAACAUUUUAUCCUCGCUCGAUGCACAGGGAGGUUCCUAUAAGAAAGCAGGGCCAGUGACAAGUGUGCCUUAGAAAAGAUUGACUCUUGUUACUUACGUUCCGUUCUCGUUAUUUAUUGUAUUUUACAUCUCGACAAUAAUUGUACCGGAAUUCGGAGAGUUCGAACCGCUGCCAAUACUAUUGACGAAACGGACUUUCUCGAUCGUUUAGGUCAUUUUAUUCCGGGUGUUCUACGGUCUUAGAUUAGCAGCUCAUCAAGUCUGACGUGUGUACAUAUUUCCUUUAUCUAGGAGCUAAGUUAAUUUCACUCUAGAGCAAAGUUUGUACAAAACGUUUGUCUACUUUCUUAUUUCUAUUUUCCGGAUACAUCGUUACAUCUUAUAUCGUUCGGAGUGACGGUUGCUCGGCAAUUGCGGUUGAAUUUUUCUUUUACGAGACAAGCCAAAAAGACUUUUAGGGUAUUAAUCGGAGCUCAGGGUGUCGAGCGCUGGAUGCUCCUUUGCGAACAGACAGGGUACAGCAGCAUAGGGUGUAAUAUUUAAUUCGUUGGUUCGUAAUUUAUUCUCGCGGUCGCUCGGGAUGAUUAACAAACCUACCUUUCCUAUGACAUAUCGUAAGAAGGAACCGUGUUAUACUACAUUCGUGAUGAUAUAACCUACAGAUGACACGACUGAUAUUAAAAUAGUGCCAUACGGAACUUUUACAAGUAGACGUUUUUCAUGUAUAUCUAUGGAGCGUUCUGCGCAACGGUUACACAAAAUUCGUGGACAACUGUCGUACCGCGUUCCACCAUAAAUAUAUUGUUUUUGUUAA